AUGCCAGCCCUGCGCCAGCUUCCACACAAGCCCUGCGCCAGCUCCCACGCCAGCUCCACCAGCUCCCACAUCAGCAUUGCGCCAGCUCCCAUGCCAGCCCUGUGCCAGCUCCCACACCAGCCCUGCGCCAGCUCCCACACCAGCAUUGCACCAGCUCCCAUGCCAGCCCUGCGCCAGCUCCCACACCAGCCCUGUGCCAGCUCCCACGCCAGCUCCACCAGCUCCCACACCAGCAUUGUGCCAGCUCCCAUGCCAGCCCUGUGCCAGCUCCCACACCAGCCCUGCGCCAGCUCCCACGCCAGCUCCCAUGCCAGCAUUGCGCCAGCUCCCACACCAGUCCUGCGCCAGCUCCCAUGUCAGCUCCCACACCAGCCCUGCGCCAGCUCCCACACCAGCCCUGCGCCAGCUCUGCGCCAACUCGCACACCAGCUCCCACACCAGCGCUGCGCCAGCUCCCACGCCAACUCGCACACCAGCCCUGUGCAGAGCAGUUCAGCUCAGCAGGACCCUGGCUGUUGUAUUGCACUCCCUGGGGACCGUGGGAGCCCACGGUUGCUCAGCCCAGCGGGAGCAGUGAACCAGCACGAGGGGGAAAUGGCCAAGUCAGCUCCAACCCCAGCUCCAUGA